ACUGCCACCACACACUCUCUCUCACCUCUCCCACCAACCCUCAUCUAGAAGCUCUCUCUCUCUCACACACACACACACAUAGAGUCAAAAGCUUAUAUAUAAGGCCACAUCAAGGAGUCGCUAAAGGGCCGGCCUUGAUGCUCAAGCACACCAAGCAAGGUUAGGCAUUCAUACAAUCAGUAUUAGCAAUUGUACCCCAUAAAAUUAAAACAACGGUUUUAGAAAAUUAAAUAUACUAAUAUAUAAGGUUUAGUAGUAGAAAUUAUAAAGGAAGAUCAUAGUCAUGGGAAGGUCUCCUUGCUGUGAGAAGGCUCACACAAACAAAGGCGCAUGGACUAAGGAAGAAGACGAUCGGCUCGUGGCAUACAUCCGGGCCCACGGCGAGGGCUGCUGGCGCUCCCUCCCCAAGGCCGCCGGCCUCCUCCGCUGCGGCAAGAGCUGCCGCCUCCGCUGGAUCAACUACCUCCGCCCCGAUCUCAAGAGGGGCAACUUCUCCCCACAAGAAGACGAACUCAUCAUCAAACUUCACAGCCUUCUCGGCAACAAGUGGUCUCUUAUAGCGGGGAGGUUGCCGGGGCGGACAGACAACGAGAUCAAGAACUACUGGAACACGCACGUAAGGAGAAAGCUCGUGAGCCGAGGAAUUGAUCCGACAACGCAUCGCCCCAUGAAUUGGCCUUCAGCAUCUCAACAAAGCAAAGAGGAGAGUAGAGAAAAGUGCCCAGAUUUGAACCUUGAUCUGAGAAUCAGCCCUCCACGUCAGCAGCAGCAGCAGAAGCAAGAAGUCUUCAAAACGGGCACGAGUAGUACCUUGUGCUUCGCGUGUAGUCUCGGCAUCCAAAAUAGCAAAGAUUGCAGCUGCACAAAUGCUAGUGCUAAUUCCGGACAUGAUUUUUUGGAUUAUAGAAGAUUGGAGAUGAAAUAAAAUGAAGCGUCUUAUCUGAAUUAACUUCUUAUUAUAAAUUUAGCUAGAAUACUUACGUCCCACUAUUUUUCUCAUUGUAAAUGUAUUUUUGCAGAUCGAUCACGACCAAUUUAAGUCACAUUUUGCAGAGAUAUUAUUA